AUGGACUCCAACAACUCCAACAGCGUCUUCAGCCGUCGCCCGUCCUUCUUCGGCGGCAAAUCCAGACACAAGCCCUCGCGCUCGUCCAUCCCGCCCACGCUGCACCUCGAGCCCGCCUCGCCCAUCCGCGAACACGAGCACGAGCACGAGCACAAGCACAAGCACGAGCACGAGCACGACGCCCAUCCGCCCACUCCCCCUCCCCCUCCCCCUCCGCCAGACACAACCCCUCCCACCGCCAGCCAAUCCAACCCCAACCCCCCCGCGAGACUGCCCACGACGCCACACCACCGCAUGCCCGCGUCGCGCCACAGCAUCUCCAGCCUCUCCAGCACCGUCGGCCUGCAGCUGCGGAGGAGCCGCUCCACCUCCCUGCGCAGCGCCGCCUCGGCCCCGUCGCACCACAAGAGGAACCCCUCGGCCUCGACCAUGCACUCGCUCUCCCCGUCGCCGGAGAAAGGGAUGCCCGCCGCCGCGCCCAUCUCCGCCUCGCGCCCGACCCUCUCCAUCUCCACCUUUGCCCGCACAAAGGCCAAGAGCAGCGACAACGUCAAGCCCGACCCCGGCGCCCUGCACCACUACGACAAGGCGCCCCUCAGCGCCCUCGACAAGCCCAAGACGCCCUUUGCCAUGGCCGUGCCCCUCCAGAUCCGCCACCCGCCCUCCCACAAGGACACCCAGCACCCCCACCGCCAGCCGAGCACCACCGCCCUAGCUCCGGCCGCCCCCAUCCCCGCCCCCGCCGGCGCCAACCCCAACCUUGUCUUCCAGCACAUCCACGAGCUCGCCUCGAAGCGCAUUUCCACGCUGGAUUAUCUGCGCAAAGCCCACGAAGGACGCAUCUACUGGUUCAACACCCUCCUCUUCUCCAAAACAGACCUCGCCCGCCUCCCCUCCUUCACCCCCCGCAACCAGUCCCGCCGCGCAACCCACUACCUGCUCCUUGGCUUCAGCCUGCCCACCAUCCUCGACCUGCACGCAAACUCCCCCGCCGAAUACCUGCGCGCCCUCAACGCCCUGCUCCUCGAGUUCGAGCAGUACCAGUCCAUCCACCCCCCCGACGGCUCCGCCCCCGGCUCCCUCUCUCGCGCUCGCAUCCCGCACAUGUUCAAGCGCGCAAACCUCGGCGGCAAAGGCCGCCGGAGCAGCUCCGCCACCGGCGACUUCCCCCUCCUCACACCACAGACCUCCUUCGGCAGCGACUCCACCGCCGGCGGCUUCCACGUCGACUCCCCGCCCACCGACGACCUGCUGCCCAACGAGACCUACUUCUACCUACAAACCCCGUCUCUGCCCUUCGACCCCGACUUCUUCAGCACCUUUGCCACCCUGUGCGAUGUCCUGAUCGACUGCUACACCAAGAUGCUCAGCAUGCUGUCCACCCCCGAGAGCGUCGCCUUGGCCGGCCAGGGCGUGCCGACCACCGUCGGCGAUCUCUUCAGCAAGGCCGACGCCCGCGUCAGGAAGAUCAUCCUCGCCGGCGUCGUCCGUGAGUUUGAGGAGAGCUGUCGCGCAGGCGUCAGGGGCGAGGUCGGCGGCGUCGGCAAGGUCGUGCUGGGCGGGUUGAUGUAG